AUGGUUCGGACAACAAUUGCAUGUGCCCGGUGUAGAAAGGCUAAGAUCAAAUGUGUCCAUAACGGCUCCCCGCCGUGCCAAAGCUGCAUAAAGGAGGGCUCGGCAAGAGUUAUCCAUACUUGCACGCUUACACGUCCCGUCAUCAAGCGGAAGAAAUUACCAGCCGCGUAUCCUUCUACCGGUAUACCUGAACGUGGCUCGGCCGAACAUCACGCUACACCUAUCCCUCGAAUAGAGAGGACAAGAAGUCCUUCUUCAAAUCUCCACGAGGAAAUAGGCCAUAAAGAAAGACCGAAUGGCCAACAAAAGGAUUUCGUACACCGCGUUGCCAAAGCGGCAAACGUAUUUGUGAUACAAUUUCCAGAGCUAAACUUUCUGCAUCUUCCCAGUUUCUUACAGGAUUUAAAACACCUAGAUGACCAUGCAGUUGACAACGUGGGUCAACAAGAGUCUGACAACCAUUUAGCUAAACUAAAAGGUCUGUGCUUCGCUCUUUUGGCUCUCUGUGCUCAAUGGUGCGAGGAUAAAGAUUCCACAGAGCACUAUAUAUCGUCCGCAAGGUCCAGCUUAUCGGCGGUCGACCAUCCAGACGUUUUCACAGUGCAGACACUCUUGGUCAUAGCCAUGUAUGAGUGGGGAUGUGGUAGGACAUAUAAGGCAUGGGCAGAUAGUGGAAUGGCUAUAAGAUCCGCUCAGCUACUCAGUGCCCUUCCAAAGCAACGCGACAUUACAGAACUGCAGAGUGAAGUCCUGAACCGCACAUUUUGGGCUUGCUUUGUCAUGGACAGACUCGUCUUCUGUGGAAAACCUCAGCCACUAGCUCUGCCCCUUCGUUCAGUGGAUGUACACUGGCCUAUUGGACAGCGAGACUUUGCAUUCGGCCAAACGACAUCUCGUAUCUACCCAAACGUUGAGCAUGGCAGAAUCAUUGAUCAUGCCAAGUAUCAUGACCUGGACAGAGUAUAUAACCUUAUUGUUCAAGGAUAUGAUGUUUGGUCCAAGAUCCUGCAGUGGAUAGCCGGUGGUGGCCGUCGACGACCGUCUACUCGCCAGCAAAUAGUAUGCCCGUGGGAGCCUGGCUCCAUCUGGCUUUCUCUAUAUGAUGAAUUGCAGGAGUGGCGGGGCAGGCAUGAAAUUAGUAUCCGAUUUCCAGAUACAGCGUUAGAAGUUCAUGCAAGUCUUGGACAGGCACACUCUUUCGCAUAUCUGAAUCUGAUAUACCAUCUCUGCCGGUUAUUUCUGGGACGUGAAUACAUCCCUUUCCUUCCGACGCCGACGUCCCAACCUUCAGGGCCGGUAGAUCCACCACUUUUGGCGCAGGAGGCGCCUUCAGGAUGGUGGGAAGAAAGAUCAUAUGAGCUGUUCGCAUCUUCCGCACACAUAACCGAUAUUCUUCGCCGAUUAGAUGCUGCAGCGACGCCCUUUUUUACGCCCUUUUCAGGCUUCUGCGCCUUCUCAGCCGCAACUAUGAAUGCAUACGUCUUGUACUUCCCCCGAAUGAACCUGGGCCGAAGUACGACAGCUGCGGCAGACUUCAACGCCGACAGAGCGUAUCUUGACCGAUUUCGUACACAGUGGGCAAUAGGAGCUCGUUGGUGGACGGCCAUAGAGACUAUCCAGCGUCUAUUGGAACGGGCCGGCCGUGACCAGACCAAAUUUAUUGGCAAGACUCGAACAGAUUUUUUAGCGUUAGAGGCGAUCAUAAAUCACAGUGCAUCCAGCUUCCCUUCCGAGGAGGAAACUGAUACUCAUAUAGAGCCUCGAGAUCAUCUGAGAGAUCUACCAGUAACCCCUAGGUCUAAUAGUGUCAACGAAGGGCUUGCGACUCUUGCCGGAAACCACUCUGUUUCAGAAGUGAUGAGCGUUCGAAACUCGACCCAGUUUCAGCAGCAGAUACAACCACAAGUUGACACAAUGUUAUACUAUGAUGGGAAUGGCAAUGAAUGGAAUGCCAUCUGGCCUUUGUGGGAGGAUCAAAUAGGCGUCUCUUUUGCACCGGAACAUGCUCCGUGGGAUUACGCUGCGAAUUCAGCGUCAAUGUUGUGAUGCUGAUCAUUCAGCUGCGUUAUUCAAUCGGCCAUGUAUAGAGACUUCUGUGGUUACAACUC